UCGAAUUUCCAUUGCUUACUUACAGUAACACAUUCAAGCCCUGUCCCCAACUAUCUGCAGCUACCAAGAAAUCCCUAAACCCUUUUGCCCUGCCCCCAACCCUCUCUACCCAAAUUUCCGAAACCCUCGACGACAACUGAAGAAGUCGCCUCGAGAUCUCGCGGGAGAAGGCAUCGGCGGGGCCAGCGGCGCGUGAAGGGGAAGAGGAGUUCGUUCGCUUCGGAUUUAAGUUAAAUCACACGAAUGCCCGGAUUUUGUUAAUCCCGGACUCAAGUAAAACGGAGGAGAAACGGGAUUUAAAGUUGGCAUUUGUACCGUUUGGCAGGAUUUAGAUUAAAUCUUGCUCAAGUCCUCAUACUAGCCUGUCCCAAAGCUUUCUUUGCUAUCCGUUUCCUUCUAUCUAGCUUUUGAACCCUAACUCUAUCUAUUCUCUCUUCGCGUUUAUGGCGAACGUUAAGAUGGCUUCUUCUGGUGCGCCUUCUUUGGAGAGAAAGGAGAAGCCAGUAGUAGUCAGAGUGAAAAGGAAGGCUUCUCAGGCGAGUCUGGAUGCUUUUUGGUUGGAGAUCAAUGAAAGGCCGCUUAAGAAGCCUUUAUUGGAUUUUGAGAAGCUUUCAAUAUCUGAUCACGAGAGCAAAGUUUCAGAGGCAUUGAAGAAGAAAAGGUUAUUAGUACAGCAUGUUGAGACUGUGGGCCCCUCUGAGGCAAUUGAAGAUGUUUUACAGUCCCUUCUGUCUAAUUGUGGUGGCUCAAUGGACUUCAUGAGGAAGAUUGAGGUGCGCAAGGGUUAUUUCAAACAAGACAAGAAACGUGAUCAACUGCGCUCUCUAGCUAAACAAGAACGUGAGGAACUUGUAAGGAAUGCCCGUUUUGAGCAAAUUUGGAAAAGCAGAAGGGGAGAAAUCGAUUCCUUGCGGGAGUUGUGCCAUCUUUAUGAUGUUGUCCGUGUUGAUGCUGAAGAUGAAAAUACGAAGAAGAAGGAGCUAAAGCAUAUUUCUGUAGAAGAUAAUGCAAUCUUGUGCAACUACCUUCCUUUGCUAAGGGAGUACAUUCCUUCAGCUGCUGAGGAGAUUGAAUCUGAAAUAAAAGCCUAUGUAUCCGGAGAAGGUAGUGGUUCUGAUUCAAUUGCCGAGGUUCCUACAGAAGAUGGCUAUGUGUAUGACUUGUACACUGUUGAGGACGAUUUUACUGGAAGUGACAAAGAUAUGUCAAGCGACUUUCCUUCGGUGCAAGUCAAAAAUGAAGAUGAAUUUGAUGAGAUGCCUGACUCUGAAUAUGAUUCAGAGGAUUCAAAUGCUGAGGAUCAUCCAAGAAAUGAUUACCCUGAUGAGGAGUCAUCCGACAAGGAAGACGAAGAGGUGGAUCCUUUUGGUGAUUUUGAAUGCCCGAACUCAGAUUAUGAAGAAGAAGAAGAAGUGAUCAUAGAAAACAAGAAAGAUGAGGAGGAAUCUAGUGAAGGAGAGAAAUAUGUGCAAAUGUUCAGUGAUUCAGAUUGCUCAGACUAGGAAGAUGAAGUCUUGAGAGGCUGCUAGAGAAGAUGGAGAUAACUGGAGAUGGGGAUAUCGUUGAUGCUGUAGUGGAAUUUUUUUGGGUUAUGGUGACUUACCCAAUCUGAACUCUCUAGGGUUGAAUUUUGAACAUGGUUUUAGCUGCAUCUUCAUGGAUUUCUCUGAAUUAUUAAACUUCUCAGAUGAAAGAGCUGUAUUGAGUAUUCUUGUACGAAAUUAUUGGAAUAGUUAGUCUAUCUUGUAUAAUUAAGGUUUCGUUUGAGAUAGCUUUCUUGCUGCUUUCUAAAAUAACUUUUUAGUACAAAAAUUUUGUACCAAAAA